ACCACAAAGCCAAAGAAGACCAUUCCCCACAAUCUCUCUCUCUCUCCCAAAAUUUUCAAUCAAUUAGCCGCAAUCUCUUACCAAUCUUCUCUCUGAACAUUUUUUUUUCUUCUUUCUAGAUUUGAUCAUUUCUCCAUUUUUAGCUAAAACCCUUCACCAAUAAUUUUAUUAUCACCUUCUUGACAUGGAUGACAUUGAUGUUCCUCAGUAUUUUACCUGCCCAAUAUCUCUCCAAAUCAUGACAGACCCUGUAACGGCCAUCACUGGAAUUACAUAUGAUCGAGAGAGCAUCGAGCAUUGGUUAUUCAUCAGCAGGAACACAAUCUGUCCUGUCACUAAACAACCCUUGCCUGAAGACUCUGAUUUGACCCCUAAUCACACCUUGCGCAGAUUAAUCCAUGCUUGGUGUAUUGAGAAUGCUUCUAAAGGUGUUGACAGUAUUCCUCCUCCCAAACCUUGUCUGGACAAGUUUCAUGUCCUUAAACUCAUUGAAGAUCUUUCUCUUCCUCAGCUCCAGGUGAAAGCUAUCAGAGAGUUAGAGCUGCUGGCAGCAGCGAAUGAAAGGAAUAGGAAGUACUUGGCUGAAGCUGGGGUGCCUAGGGCCUUAUUGCUGUUUAUAUUAACAUGUUUCAAGCAAGGCCGGAUAUUUGAUGGUCUGCAAGAAGCGCUUAGUAUUCUUCGGUUGAUUCGAAUUCCUUCGAGAGAAUCCAAGGUUUUUCUUAUCGAAAACGAUCAAAUCAUCCAAUCGUUGACAUGGAUUUUUGGGUGCAAUAUCGAUAAUCAUGUUAUUGUUAAAUCUCAUGCAGCUUCUGUACUGAAGAUGCUGUUUGAGGAAGCGAGCUCUAGAGUAUUAGAAAGGCUAAAUCCUGAAUUUUUUGACAGGGUUGUUGGUGUUAUAAGAGAGAAAAUCACUCAACAAGGAAUAAAUGCUGCUUUAAAAGUGCUGUUGACUGCUUGUCCUUGGGGAGGAAAUCGGAUAAUGAUGGUGGAAUCUGGUGCUGUUUUUGAGCUGAUCGAGCUUGAAUGGAGAUCACCAGAGAAGAAAACCACAGAGAUGAUAUUGGGGAUACUAUUUCAUCUAUGUUCUUGUGCUGAUGGAAGAGAACAAUUCUUGAGUCACCGAGGUGGAAUUGCUGUGGUUGCAAAGAGAAUCUUGAACGUGUCUCCGACGGCUGAUGAACGAGCCAUUUUGAUCCUUGCAAUGAUCUGUAAAUUCUCAGGAACAAGCAUGGUUCUCCAAGAAAUGUUGAAUGUUAAAGCUGUGUCAAAGCUCUGUAUGAUGCUCCAAUCUGAUCGUGCAGCUUAUUUGAAGGAAAAAGCCAGGGAAAUCCUUAGAUCACAUUCUGAUGAGUGGAAGAAUUCUCCUUGCAUUGAUAAUGCUUCCCUCUUGUCAAGGUAACUAAAAGAUGAUUUCUCUGUAUAUAUAUAUUUUUUUCAUCCUCUUCCGGCUGCCGGUCGAUCAGCCAGCCAAACCUUUGUGCUUAUUAAUAAUUAUAUCCAAAUGAAUAUUUUAAUUUUAGAUAAAUAUCUCAAACUUUAAAGUAGAUGAAAAUUAUAUUCAACCUUCAAAAUUAAAUUAAAAAUAUAUAUAUAAUUUUCAAUCACAGCAAAGCUUUUGCAUUUUUUUUUUAAUAAAAAUGGCGUUUAUUCUGCAGCCUUGAAGGAUGAUAUGAUAGUAUUUAUUAUUUUUGGUUU